UGGUUCAUACGUUCGUGGAGGACUGUUUGUGUAAUGAGAAGACAAUCGUCAAAUGAUUUAAAUAAAGUCGUGACAGGGGGCCGUUGUGUAUCUAAACCUUCUCAGUCAAAAAGCAGACUGCCUUACAGUAAAUUACCCAACUCCUCAAUAAAGAAUAAAUCAAUACUCUAGGAUGUUGCGGUCGUGGCGAAUCACGUCACCUUAACUUGACCGCGCUCUCCGCGUCUUACUCUCACUGCGCAUGCGUACAUGCUGCUCAUUCAAGCGAGCAGCGCCCGAAGCUCAAAUGAGCCUCGUUUAGAGCAAUCACCUCAGUUCAGCCCGAGACUCUCACAGAUCCGCCUCUCUCCCCGGAGUCUCCGCGACGCGAAUGGCAGUACAUUGCAUGUGGAUUUACAAAGCACAUUUCUCAACAGGAUUAUAAACUCAUUUACAACUUGUCAGGCAGACUCGAGGUGCGCGCUCUUCGUAAGGAAUACUGUGGUUUCUUUACAGCUUGAGGAAUGGGAUUAACGAGAUCGAAGAAAAGUUGGGAUUUGUAGGUCUGGUAAAAUGGAGAGAUAAAGCUCGCCUACAGAGCUCACGAAGGCGGACGCAGCGGUAAUUCAAAGCCAGAGGAAAUGCACAGAGCUUGGGUUCUCCUCAUUGUAAUAGAAGAGGGAUUUGCCCUGGCGCAGAAAAUUAAAGAGACGCAGAAUGCAGGUGAAUCUCUGUCAAACGCUGAGCAGUGCGGCCAGUGGACCCGGAAUAUCAAUGGAGGGCUGUUUACAUCUCCAAACUAUCCUAACUCCUAUCCACCCAACAAGGAGUGUGUGUACAUCCUAGAAGCUCUCCCUAGGCAGAGAAUUCAGCUGGCCUUUGACAAAACGUAUUAUAUCGAGCCGUCCUUCGAGUGCCGCUUCGACCACAUUGAGAUAAGGGAUGGUCCCUUCGGUUUCUCCCCUCUUAUUGAUCGCUUCUGUGGGCCAAAGAGUCCCGGUGUGGUCACCUCCACGGGCCGCUUCAUGUGGAUCAAAUUCACCAGUGACGAGGAGCUUGAAGGCUUAGGCUUCCGUGUCAAAUACACUUUUAUAGCAGACCCAGAUUUUCAUUUGCACGUCGGUGGAUUGCUAAAUCCAAUUCCAGAUUGCCAGUUUGAGAUCAGUGGUUCAGACGGAGUCAUCCGCUCCAGUCAGGUGGAAGAAGAGGAUAAAAUCAAAAACGGAGACGCGUUGGACUGCAUCUGGACCAUCCGUGCCCUUCCUCAGUCCAAGAUAUACCUUCGCUUCCUCGAGUACCAGAUGGAGCACUCAAACGAGUGCAAGAAGAACUUUGUGGCCGUGUAUGAUGGCAGCAGCGCCAUUGAGAACCUGAAAGCAAAGUUCUGCAGCACGGUGGCCAAUGACGUGAUGCUGGAUACUGGCGUGGGUGUCGUGCGCAUGUGGGCCGACGAGAGCAGCAGACUCAGCCGUUUCCGCAUGCUCUUCACCUCAUUUGUGGAUCCUCCCUGCUCUAGCAGCACCUUUUUCUGUCACAGCAACAUGUGCAUCAACAACUCACUAGUGUGCAAUGGUGUUCAGAACUGCGUCUACCCCUGGGAUGAGAACCACUGCAAGGAAAGGAAGUCCACAGGACUCUUUCACCAAAUCACAAAGACACACGGCACGGUAAUUGGCAUCUCCGCUGGUGUGGUUCUGGUCUUGCUCAUCAUCUCCAUCCUGGUGCAAAUGAAGCAACCCCGUAAGAAGGUAGUAGCCCGUCGGCCGCCGGUCUUCAACAAAGGCGGCUUCCAAGAAGUCUUCGAUCCCCCCAACUAUGAGCUGUUUUCCCUCCGCGACAAGGAGCUGUCGUCAGACCUGGCCGAGCUGUCGGACGAGCUGGACGGCUACCAUAAGCUGCGGCGCUCCUCCACCAUGUCUCGAUGCAUCCACGAGCACCACUGCGGUGCCCAGCCCUCCUCGGGCGGCAGCAUGAAGCAAAGCCGCACCACGCUCAGCUCAAUGGAGCUCUCUUACCACAACGAUUUCUCCAAGCCACCUCCCAUGAAGACCUUCAACAGCAGCAACACCGGCACCUACAAGAAGAGCUGCUACGGAUACAAACAGACUCACGACUGCGCCGAGCAGGUGAUCGAGGACCGCGUGAUGGAGGAGAUCCCCUGUGAAAUCUACGUGAGGGGUGGGAGCGUAGGAGGGGCUGCUGGCAGCAUCGGAAGCGGCUGCGGGAGCAUUACCAUCCGUAACCAUGGCAAUGCUCGUAGUAGCAGCAACACCACCACCGUGGUGGACCCGGGACAGCGUUCCAUAUCUAUGGACUUCUGAGAUGGCGAGGGAGAACGAGAGCCCUGACUGCCACCGACUUUGUCCUGCAUUGUUGUUUUUAAUGCACGGGCUCCAGUGCCAUGUAGACGAGCACUGAGCGAACGGACUGUACACGAACAGACAGACGAGAAGACAUGGCUGGCUAUUUUAAUCUAUGUAAAUUUAAAAUGAAAGAUAAACUUUAUGUAGGUUUUGUGUUGUUGCUCAGCAUUAACUCACAUUUGGCAUCAUUUGAUUCUGUGGAUAACUCAAAUUAUGAACUCAAAUGAAGAUGACUGUCAUUAUUAUAAACUGAAGUCAUCUAGUGGUCAAAACCCUCCCCUGCUGUAUCCUUAAGAGCCGUUCACACCAAGGAACGAUAUCGAUAAUUAUAACGAUAAAGUUUUAAUAAGCAUCCUAAUUCUAUGAGAAUAGUAAAGUCUUUAAUGAUAACGACACAGAGGAAUAAUAUUGUUCAUGUUAAUCGCUUUCAGAACGAUUUUUUGCUGAUGAAAAAUAAAAAGACUGCCAAUCAGAAUCCACUCAACUCAAGCAGCACAUGACAUACGGUAACUGCAGCACGUGCUUACAAUAAACAGAAUGUUAUCAUCCGUUGGUGUGGAUGCUAAUAUUGUUAUUGUUAUAGGUAUUAUUCACACCGUGCCUAAACCAGACAGGAUAAGACCGGUUUUCUUCCACUGAAAACAAAAAUGGCAUGCGACACGGUAAUCACAGAUAAUCAGAACCAUGGCCAGGGCUACGCAAACCAAGAGACGAAAUGUCUUGUCCAGGGGCAUAGUUUGUGUCAGGCUAUUAAUUAGUUAUACAUGUACCGAACGUUCUGGGCUUUUAUAAGCACUAAGUUGAUCGGACCAAUUAUCAGUGCAAUAUGACUGAAGCACAGUUUGUUUAAUUGUGCAUGAGUGGCACGUGAAUCACCAUAUACUCUGCGUGUUCAGCAGCUCGGCCCAAAAGUAUUAUACUAUCGUGAAGCUGAUGAUAAAAUGUGCAACCCAUUUGAAUUCUAUUGAGAAUUUACCGGUUUAAAACGCUAUGGAAAAAGUCAAACAUGAUCUAAAACAGCCACAUAAACUAAAAAGACUGAUGAAAAGAGGAGAAAACUUGCACCAACUUACAUGAGAAAGCUUUUUAAACUACUCGUGACCACAUUUACUAGAAUUUAUCACAUUUUAUUGUAGGCAUAUUUACUGUGUUACAUUUUGACUAACUUGUAGAAUUUAUAAUAAAAAGGGAAUGGUUAAGGGAAUAGAUUUUUCACUCUUACAACUGUGCCAUGUUGUAGCCAUAGUUUCUAAAUGUGUAGGCUGCUGUUUUUCAUAAGAAAUUCUAUAGAUUAAUAAAAAAGAAAAAAAAGUCAAUAUUGGCCUAAUUGGUCUCAUCUGUAAUUAUAGCCUUAUUAUAGCAAAUGCUACAGUUAAACAAUUACAAGAACUAUGGUACAUUUCAUAAGGGCAAGUACAAGUUAGAAUCAAGAGCCAUGUGUAAAAUGUGUUCUAAUGAUGACUGAUGGGAAAAACCUGCUCUUUAAAU